UGUCCAACCUCAAACUUUACAUCUGACUGUCCCAACGUAAACGAACAAUGCUUCAAAGGUAUCUAUAAUCAAUUGCCAACAACUUAAGAAAAUUAUCCUUUUUAAGGCCACAUUUCACAGCCACAGAAUAAAAAAGAGAGAACUUGCAGAUGCACAUCUCACCUAUUCCACAAGUAUCAUAAGUUGGAAAAGGCCAAUUGACCUUUUUGAAUCCAUACUUAGAUUUAGCCAGGCAUCUACCUACCAGGGCUGAUAAGGCUUCCAAAAUAAGUAAAACAUUCGACGCGCUCAACUGCUUUGCUGCCCAUUGUUAAUUCGGAUGUUGAUGCAGACCAGUCUUAAAGCGACAUUUUACAUCCAGAAGAAACAAAACGCAUCUCAAAUAUGUUAACAUUAGGAUUAGUUUCUGCGUUAGCAAAUUGACCUCGUUAAAUGCCACCAGAGACUUUAGAUUUAUCCUUAAAAUAAAACUGCUUGAGUGAAGAAAAAAAUCGCUUCAUACCAGCUGCUCACAAAGAUUAGGAGAUAAGCAUGUAAACACAUGGUUAGUUGCCAGCAUCAUAUAGUCCUGAGUUCAUAGAACAAUACAACUCGUCCCCGUACAUGCCCAUUCACUAAGAAUUUAGUAUCUCAUGAUAUCCAGUUUCGACAAUUAGCAACACUAUUCAUUAUGCAAAUGCCAUAAUACUCUCUGCUUUGUAUAUUUUUUUAUUUCAGCUUGGUCAGUCAACUGUUUGGUAUAUGUUUCAAACUAUUGUGUCAGCUGAAGCAACAACCUUGUUGUUACCACGUUUUCCUUAGCAACUCUAUCAGAAACCGAACGAGAACUAGACAAGUCACCGCUCUACAUAAUGAAUGUCAGUUUAAGACCCGACCAUUCACUUCUCGACCCGAAUUUCGAGUCUUACAAACUCAGUCUGCUUAAAAUACCCAUUUAUGAGGCAAGUAGUCAAAAUGAGAUUUGCUGCAAACCUCUCAACGAAGUUUCUUCUAAACAACAUCUCAAAGCAUACAAUAAUAUUAACUGUCUGUGCGUUAAUCCAUUUGAUACCAGUCAUAUUUACUACAUGAAGACUGAUGGGUCUUUAGUGUUGAUAAAUGUACCACAGUAUCCGCAAAACUUCAACCAAGGAACCAUUGUUUUCACACUUCCUGAUUGGUGCGAACCAUCUCAUGAAAAAUUUCGUAGUGUGUCGAUCCAGUUUCCUGCGCUAUAUUAUGUAUCUGUGUAUGAUGGUUCAGGUAAUCUAUAUCUCCUUAAGUCGGAUAUUCAACAAAGUAAUGAUUUACUCAACGUUGUUAGUAGAAUCCAACCUCCUAUACAUGAGAGAGAUAGUCAGCUACUAGACUGUUUACUUAAUUCUGAUGACACUUCUCAUCAACUUUUUUUGGACUGUUUAUUUGUUGGUGUUUCGAAAAAAUCUGAGAAAGACCUAAUAUGUAACGAUUCGAUUUCAAAUUAUGUGACAUAUCUUGAAUGGAUCUCUUACAGCUCACCAGAAUCCAGCAUAUCUUGGUCCAUAGUGCGGCACCAGAAAUUCGUUGCCUCUUCAUUUCCUGAGUUCGCUGCCUUCGAGGGCGAUUGUUCAGCACUGCAUAUUUGCUCAGAAAAAAAAUUUCAUGCUAUUUAUGACUCCUGCAAUCCAUCUGUUUAUGAAAACUACCUUAACAAAUAUUCUGAGUCUAAACAAAUGGAUACAGAAGAUACAUGUAUUGGACAGGAUCCCGAGUUUUUUGUAACAUGGACACAAACUAACGCCGAUGAAGAUAUCAAUUCUAGUUUGAUCAGUGUCACUUUUACGUUAAAUGGUAUCACUCUUCCAUCUUCAUAUGAUUCCAAUAUUGUUUCUGUGGAAAUCAUUCCAAUCUGCGAAGAGUCAUCUAAGCACCAGAUACUCCGCGCAAACCUGUAUUCCUAUAUUGCAGUCAAGAAAACUAAAAAACUCAGUGAUCGCCCUAUCACACUGAUUGAUCAGAUGCUCUAUGAACCAGUAAAGCCAACAUCCUCGUGGACCUAUGAUCGAAAAAAUAACUCCAUUGAAAUACAUAUGACCAAACAGAAUUCUCAGUAUUGGCCCCGUUUGUUACUCGAUCCACGUGAAAAUAAAAUAUUAACUGAAAUGCACUGUUCACAUCACAUUGGUCUGGAUGAUCAAAUGCGUGUACAAUCAGAUGAAAAGGCUGAUUUGACACCGGAACCACCUUUCAAUGUUGGCCAGCUAGAAGAAGUUGAUUUUCCAAUGAGUGAAGAUGAAACUGAUCUUUUAUUACAACGGUUCGACCAUGAAACUCUCAAGUGUACUCAUCAGGCCUAUUUAUCAGGACAUCAAUGGUUGUUCAAAAUCCGUUGUGCUACGUGGAAACCAAAUGCGACCCAUGCUUUCUGUAUCCGUCAUGAUGUAGACGGGAUAGUUUGGUUACCAUUAUGCCAGAAUACAAUGACAGAAAAAGACCCAUGUGUAUGGAAACAUGUCUCAACUUUGCAAGCAUUUGGCUACGUCCUUGCCAGUAAACGUGAUAGUAGAUUUGUUUCUAGUCCAGUUUUAUCUGACGGAUCUCCACUGAAGUUUGUGGCAGUUGCAGACUUGACAAGGAGAAUCUACAUAUAUUGUCAGCCCAUAUCUAAUAAUUCUGGGGAUACAGAACUCCGGAGACGCACAACAGCUAACUCAUCUUCCACACAAAAGCAAAAGAUUGUACAUGUCGCAUCACAACACGUAGUUACCCUACCAACUAAUGACCCAAUAAUUGGAUUUGUUGCUACAGACAAACCCUAUCCAUCAGUUUUAGUAUGCACGCAGGCUACAUUGUACUUGUUAUCACUUGAUGGAUGA